AUGUGUGGAAUAUUUGGAUACGCAAAUUUUUUAACUGAAAAGACAAAAAAUCAGAUUUCGAAAAUUUUAAUUAACGGACUAAAAAGAAUUGAAUACAGGGGAUAUGAUUCUGCCGGGUUCUGUUUACAAGGAAAUGAUAAUAAAAACUACGUGUUGUUUAAAGAAGUCGGUAAAGUAGAAAAACUUGAAGAAAUGACUAAUCAACAAAAAAUAGUUGACAUGGACAGGUUACUUUUUAAUCACGUGGGUAUAGCCCACACAAGAUGGGCUACACAUGGUAAACCUAGUGUUGCUAACUGCCAUCCACUUAAAUCUGAUCCAGAUGGUAAAUUUUUAGUUGUUCACAAUGGUAUUAUUACCAACUAUAAAACACUUAAAGCUUUUUUAGAAAAGAGAAAGUAUGUUUUUAAAAGUGACACUGAUACAGAAGUUGCAGUUAAGCUGGCGCUUUAUUUCUACAAUGAGGAAAUUAAGAAAAACAAUCAACCUAAGUUUGUUGAUAUUAUUAAAAAAGUUAUUAAAAGAUGUGACGGAGCGUUUUCGUUUGUUUUUAUUUCGCCAAUUUUCCCGAAUGAAAUGGUAGCUGUACGAGUGAGCUCUCCGCUUUUAAUAGGUCUUAAAGGUGCCGAUAAAAUGUCUCUUGAUUUUUUUAAUGUAAGUUAUGGGAAUAUUACCGAUGAUGAACCAGCAUCUCCUUUAAUGUCUGCUACAACUUCACCGAUACUAACAUCAGCGAAUACAAUUAAUGUCAAUUUAAUUGAUGAUUUAAGAAAAGGGGUAGAUCGAUGUACGUUACACGCAGCAGAUAACGACGAAUUAGAAGUUUUUUUAUCUUCUGAUGCUUCGGCGCUUAUUGAACAUACGAAUAAAGUUAUAUAUUUAGAGGACAAUGAUAUUUGUCAUAUUUUUGCGGGCAAUUUAAUAAUACACCGACCUAAUUCUAAAAAUCAAGACACUUUAGGAGACAAGAGAGAGGUUAAGACAAUAGAAACAGAGCUUAAUGCAAUAAUGAAAGGUAAUUAUGAGCAUUUUAUGAUUAAAGAAAUAAAUGAACAGAAAGAAUCGGUUAUAAAUACAAUGAGAGGAAGAGUUAACUUUGAAGAAUCAACUGUUAAUUUGGGUGGAAUAAAAGAAUAUGUAAAUAUUCUAAAAAAGUGUAGUAGAUUUAUUUUUGUAGCCUGUGGAACAAGUUAUCACGCAGCAUUGAGCGUAAAAAGCCUUUUUGAAGAAUUAAUUGAACUACCGAUUAAUAUUGAAAUUGCGAGCGAUUUUUUAGAUAGAUGUCCGCCAAUAAAUAGAAAUGAUUGUGUCUUCUUUAUUUCUCAGAGUGGAGAAACAGCGGAUAGUGUAAUGGCAUUAAGAUACUGUAUAAAACAAGGGGCUCUAACUGUCGGUGUAACGAAUAUUGUUGGUAGUACGAUUUCACGCGAAACACACUGCGGUGUUCAUAUAAAUGCGGGGCCCGAAAUAGGAGUAGCAAGUACAAAAGCGUAUACGAGCCAGUUUAUUGCACUAAUACUUAUUGCAAUACAAAUUAGCCAAGAUAGUUUAAUUAAAUUAGAAAGACGGAAAGUAAUUAUUAAUGAGUUGAGAAAUAUUACUCACAAGAUUUCUCAAGUACUUACAUUAAAUGAUGAUAUUAAAGAAUAUGCUAAAUCCAUUUCUGAUAUUAAUUCGCUGGUACUAAUUGGUAGAGGCUAUCAGUAUCCAAUUUGCAUGGAAGGCGCUUUAAAAAUUAAAGAAAUAACAUACAUCCACUCUGAGGGGAUAAUGGCUGGCGAACUUAAGCAUGGUCCUAUUGCACUGGUUGAUGACAAGUUAAAUAUUCUUUUGUUCGUUACUAAUGAUAAGAAUUAUGAUAAAACAUCUAAUGUGAUACAUCAAAUUACUGCAAGAAAUGGAAAGCCCUUGAUUAUAGCAUCUGAAAGCAUAGCAGAUUCAUUUACAUCAGAAAAAGUUUUUAUUGUUCCUGAUACGAUUGAUUGCCUACAAGGUAUUUUAACAGUUAUCCCUGUUCAAUUGUUAUCUUAUCAUUUGGCAGUUUUAAGAGGAUUUAAUCCAGAUUUUCCUAGAAAUUUAGCAAAGUCAGUAACAGUUGAAUAA